CGCGUGACUGGAAGGGGCGGGGCGGUGGUUGGCGGCGGCCGGGCCGGUGUAGCGGCAUCUCAUCAGCGGCGGUGGCGCCGGCCUCCGCUCCCGCCUCGGCUCCUGGGGGCGCAGCGUGGCCGCCGGGCCGCCCCCGGAGGAGACAUGUCGCCCGCCAUCGCGGCCAAGGAGGGCGGCCGGCAGCGCCGCGCCGGGAGCCACCAGCACUGCCUAGACGUGAGGAGCGAGGCGCCGCCCGCCCUGGCGCUCUGUGAGGACGGGCUGCCGGGUGGGGAGGCCGAGGCGCUGCUGCCGCCGGAGCCGGGCUCUCGGGGGGCGCGGGGAUGCCGGGCGGAGCUGGGCAGCAUCCUGCUGCUGCUGGUGCUAUACGUGCUGCAGGGCAUCCCGCUGGGACUGGCGGGCAGCGUCCCCCUCAUCCUGCAGAGCAAGAGCGCCAGCUACACCGACCAGGCCUUCUUCAGCUUCGUCUUCUGGCCCUUCAGCCUCAAGCUGCUCUGGGCUCCCUUGGUGGACGCCGUCUACCUGCGGGGCUUCGGCCGUCGCAAGUCCUGGCUGGUGCCCACGCAGUACGUCCUGGGACUCUUCAUGAUCUACAUGUCCACCCAGGUGGACGUGCUGCUGGGUGACGGGGAGGGCCGCGGCCCCGACGUGGUAGCCCUCACUGUGACUUUCUUCCUCUUCGAGUUCCUGGCGGCAACGCAGGACAUUGCGGUGGAUGGCUGGGCCCUGACCAUGUUGUCCAGGGAGAAUGUGGGCUACGCCUCCACCUGCAACUCGGUGGGCCAGACGGCCGGCUACUUCCUGGGCAACGUCCUCUUCCUGGCCCUCGAGUCGGCCUCCUUCUGCAACAAGUACCUGCGGAUCCAGCCCCAGCCCCAAGGGAUUGUUACCCUCUCAGAUUUCCUGUUUUUCUGGGGAGCUGUCUUUUUAAUUACCACUACACUGGUUGCCCUUUUGAAAAAGGAAAACGAGGAACUAACACCAACAAAAGAAGAAACAAAAGGCAUCACUGAUACGUACAGGCUGCUAUUCUCCAUAAUCAAGAUGCCGGCAGUUCUUACCUUCUGUCUCUUGAUUCUCACAGCAAAAGUUGGAUUUUCAGCAGCAGAUGCUGUAACAGGACUCAAACUGGUGGAAGAGGGCGUCCCAAAAGAGCACUUAGCUCUACUAGCAGUUCCGAUGGUUCCUCUACAGAUCAUAUUGCCUCUGAUUAUCAGCAAAUACACAGCAGGCCCCCAGCCACUGAACACAUUUUACAAAGCUAUGCCUUUUAGGUUACUGCUUGGUCUGGAAUUUGCGUUUUUGGUAUGGUGGACUCCUACAGUAAAACAUGAAGAAGGAUUUCCCAUCUACUACUAUGCUGUAGUAUUGUUGAGUUAUGCUUUACAUCAGAUCACGCUGUAUAGCAUGUAUGUUGCAAUAAUGGCCUUCAAUGCCAAAGUCAGUGAUCCGCUUAUUGGAGGAACCUACAUGACACUCCUAAAUACCGUGUCGAAUCUGGGAGGAAACUGGCCUUCCACCGUUGCACUCUGGCUUGUGGACCCACUCACUGUGAAAGAGUGUGCAGGGGCCCAGGAACAGACCUGUGGAACUACAGUUGCUGCAGAUCUCUGCGCAAAAGCUGGUGGUUCCUGCGUUACUACCUUGGACGGUUAUUAUGUGGAAUCUGUCAUCUGUGUCAUUCUGGGAUUUGGCUGGUGGUUCCUACUUGGGCCAAAACUUAAAAAGCUGCAGGAUGAAGGACAGUCUUCGUGGAAAUGCAAGAGGACCAAUUGAUGCAGUUUAAAUACUGGACAGACUAGCAAGGUCUUUUUUGUUUUACUACAAAGGCAUACCCCAUAAUCAGUAAACAGGAAUAUAGGUAUUUUUAAAUGCCACAUUGCUGAAAAAAAUGGGUGGCUGAGACAGUGGUAUGUUUGUAUGUGAUACCACUUGCAAUAUGAACCUGUAAGUUCAGAAAGUAAUUGUUAAAAAAUGGUACCUGUGUACUACAUCCAUAUCCCCGAGCUCUAGCUUGAAUCAUGGCUACUGGUAUAACCAAUGUCCGAGUUUCCAUCUAGUAGCUAUGGAAAAGCUAAUUGUGCCAUGUCUGUCUAAACAGCAGCAUUCUCGGUUAAGGUCCAACUCUCUACUUUCAAACAUCAAUGAUCUGACAUGGGGAGUUGACCUGAGGAAGGAUGUCAAAGGCAUUUUGACUUGUAGGUUAAGCGUGUUGUACUACGGCAUUCCUCGUGGGAAGAUAAAUGUAAAGUGUCUGUGGGCUUUGUUUCUUCUCACUUUCUGAACUGUAACCACGCCUCGAAGGAUGAAACGUUUCAGAGAUUCUUUUAAAUGUAUUUUCUGGCUUUUAUAAGCUUUAAAGAUUUAUAAGAAAAUAUUUUUAUAAACAAAUUACAUUUGUUUAUUUUAUUUCCACUGUUUCAAAGCAUUUUGAUUUACAUUAAUGAAAAAUUGCUGUAAGGUCGGACUUAAGAGUAACGCACAAUACUCUAAGCCUUGAGUCCUGAAAAAGUAAACUGGAGAGUGCAGCAGGUAGCACACAAAGACAGGUUUCAAAAGGAGAGGGCAUGCAGGCCUUCAGAAGGCGGUUGUUGUUUUGAGGGAAUGAACUGAUAGUGUUCGUUCCUCAUUGUCAAUAAAAUUUGAACAUUGAAUUUCAAAAACAGUGGAAAACGUGUGACUGUUCCCAGCUAGGGGUAUGAAAAGAUGAUCAGUGCCUUUGAAAGUGAUUUGGUGAUGACAAACUUGCCAAAUUCCCAGUAAGUUGGUGUACGGCUUGCUGUCACGUAAAUCAAACAAGCUGAAUCCUAUGGUAGAGCUGCUACAGAAGUGUAUUACUGAUGCUGUGUAGCAGAAACAUUCCCAUUGCAUUUAUCAAAAAUGACUUCCCUCCCGAGUGCCUUAGAGAUGUACAGCAAGCGUACUGUACGCCUAGGGCGAGGGCACUUGGGCGUUGUUGGAUGUAUUUAGUGUACAUCAUUAUUAAAAAAGAAAACUAUUAAAAAUACCUUUGAAAGGUACAUGAUUUUCUUUUCCAUUCUGCGUUUCUUGCCUUGUCAAUAUUUAAGUAGUGUAUCCUGAGCUUUGUAUUUCAAACUCCUGGAAGGGGUUGCGGAUCUUUUCUUACUGUAUGUUUCAGGAAAAAAGUAAAUUGAUACCAACUUCUGACUGACUGGAGGGGACAUGGGUGCGUGCAAUGUGUCUACAGGACAUAAGGAGUCAGAAAGUGUGCAGAAGAGGACCGGGUGGCCAAGUGCUUCCUUGGGCACUGAAGCCCCUUCCUCUGUCCCUUCCCCUCUCCCUUCUCAGAGUGACACCCUUGACAGUCGGUGGGGGAGAGCCAAGCCCCCAGCUGUGAUCUGGGGUUCAGCAACAGCACCCUCUCACAAUUUGUUUCAAGUACAGCAAAAUCAGUCCAACUAAAUAAAAUCACAUUGUUUUUACUCCCCAAACUAAAAGUCUUCCAAUUUCACCUCUGCAUAAGCACAAAAAGAAUGUAUCAGAGGUUUGUAAUCAAAAGUGGAUGCACCUUUCAGUCCCAGCCAGAUCAUCUCCACUGGAUUAACUAUGUAUGAGGCACUUCAGUUCCGUGUCUUUACUGGAGCAACAGGCCAUUUACUUUAAUCGCAUCUUGUCAAUGCCUAGAGAUUGGGGUUUUUUUUGUUUGUUUGGUUUUGUAGCUUUUCUGACUUUGAGGAAAAACUUCUCAAGGGCCGAGUAUGGGAAAUGAAAUCCAUAAGUGUUUUGGAGUCGGCUUUUACUGUGUAAUUUUGUUUCGCUAUUUCUGAAGGUGCCAGUGAAACUUAUUUUUAGUAAAGAUGGGUUGAGGAUUGCUUGUCAUUACAUUAGACAAUCUUGACAAUAUCAAAAUUAAACAUAAACUCAAAAUCAGUAGUACUAUGAUUCCAUGAAUCUGUUCUAUGAGUCUAUAUACGAAAAGCGAUCUAAAUUAAAUAACCAUCUCCUCUUUCAAACUGGAGAAACAACUGAUGGAUUUUUUUUUAAUCUAUGUUGCUGUUUUGUAAUGCAAGUCAGAAAUGUGACUGCUUUACCAGCUGAUGAGCAGCUCGCUGAAAAGAACCGCUAAACUUCCAGUCUUAUGACUUUUUUUUCCUCCCAGCCCUAUUUUAAAGUGAAAUAAUUUUUUUAAUUAUUUUUGAAAGAUUAGAAUUGUAGACUUAAACAGCUUUAACAUAAGAAAAAAUAACUUUUUAAAAAGACAAGAAGAAGGAAGCAACCCAACCUCUUCUGUGAGAGUCUGUUAUUUAAAUGGGAACAGGAGAAGGGGAACGGUACCAGGUGCUGCUAUAGAUGUCUUAGUUCCUUUGUGGCCUUACGUGGCCUGAGCAGGCCUGGGGGGAGUUACCUGUGUGUUCUCUCUAGCAAAAGGGAGAUGGCAGAAAUGGGAUUUUUGUAGGCGAAGUGUUUGUAUUGGUUUAAACUCCUGAGCAGGAUCAGUGUGAAGUGAGAGCGGUCCCAGGGGAGAGGUGGAAGGGCCGGUGCAGCAGGGUGCGGGCAGGAGAGGCAGAGACCAGCCCUCCUCUUCGAUGCCCAUGAGACACGGCUGUGUCCUUACGGCAACUUGCUGUGCAGGAAAGUCUCACCUGUGCUCAUGAGUGUCAUUUGCUGUUUCCCAGGGCUCCCUGAAAAGGCGAAUAGUGGUGCUCCAAAAUCCAAUUCUGUAAGUCCAGUGCCCAGAAAAAGCUCGUAUAAUGCAAAGUUAAAGGUGUGACAGGGUCUGUAAAAUGGGAUUGCGCACCCGCUGCUGCUGCGCCCGGCCUCCUGCAGCCCCGCGAGGAGGCAGCUGAGGAUCGGGGCGCCCGUCCAGGGAACUUUGGUGCUGUCGGUGUGCUGUCCAUCACAAUGACCAAUGGUUCUUAUUUUAAAAUACCAGCUCUACAUGUCGUCUUUGUUACGGACACUAAAAAAAUCUACCAGUGCCGAUUGUCAACAGUUCUUUGUUUUCUGUAAAGCUGUUUUAUUUCGUUGUCUUCUGGCUGUUUGCAAUGUAGUUUCACGUGAUGAGAAACACUGUUUUAAACCGGCUGAUAAGA